AUGAUCAAGGGAAAAUUUCUGGUGGUCAGGGGGAUGGAAGUGGUCCACAUGAGGGCAAUAUUGGUAAAAAUCAUGUUGAAGGAAGGUGUAUCUUUUAGUCAAUUUAUUUGCGAUCCAGUUGUUGAAAGUUUUCUUAAAACUUUGGAUCAAGGUACUGAUGGUUGUUUAAAUCAGAAACUAGUUCAAGAUGAUGUGAAUUUGAAUUUGACUGGUAUUGAUGAUGAGUGUGUUAUUCCAAAUGUUGAUGUUAUUGAUGCUAGUCCAGUUUCUUUUGCACCCCCUUUGGGUACAUUAGAAGGACCAUCAAAACCUGUUUCUGGCAAACCUAAAGAUAUAAAUGAAGAAGCAACAUCAGUAGUGGAUAUCAAAGGAAAGAGACAAAUGAAGUUUUCUUAUGUUUAUAAGUCACCAUUUAAGGAAAGGGAUAUUGUAUUGCUUAUGGAAACAGAUGUUAUUGGUUUUAGAGCUAAUUAUGAAAGUCUUUUUAAAAAAACCCAUUUGCAUGUUAGUGUUCUUGAUUCAUGGUCUCGUAUACUAAAUCAUCAAGAGAAAUUCAGAGAUGUUGUUAAUUCUCCACUCAGAUUGUUCAUGAAUUCUGACACUAUAUGUAGUAAAGAUUUGUUAUGUUCAAUGGAGAUAAUCUUUCUAAGUAAUGGUGGAAGAGUUCUUGGAGUCAGCUACAAUCUGUAUGAAAAUCUAGCUAGGAAUAUGAAGAACAAGAAUCUUGGAAAAUGGGGAACGUGA